AUGCGACUAGCGUUUCUGGACUUUGAAGCCGCGCUCGACUCUCCUCACCGAGGCCGUCUUCUCAACGCGCUGAGCGCCGAUGGAGUACCAGGAAAGUUCGUUCGUUUGCUUGAUGACAUGAAUCAACGAACAACAGCUGCAGUUCGAACAUCAGCCGGAUGUACAACACCGUUUGAAGUGGUAACCGGAGUAAGACAAUGGGCGGUGGCAGGACCCUUCCUGUUCAAUUUCGCCAUCGACGACAUUAUGCGAAGAACAGUCGACCAGUGUCCUGCCGACAUUGUCUUAGCACCAUCUGAGUGCCCCUUGACUGAUCUCGAGUACACCGACGAUGUUGUUAUAUUCGCGGAAAGCAGUACGAAACUUCAACAUGUUGUCAACCUUGUAUCGAAGCAUGGACUACGCCUACGCCCUGUUAAAUGCAAGCAGAUUGGAUCUCUUCGAUACCAGGAACGGCAAUCAGGGUGGGCGGACAACGGAUAG